AUGGCGGUCAUCUACAUCGACGAAGAAGCCGGAAGCGAUCUCCCCGAGAUCCAGGGCACUGAGUCCGCCCCCUACAAGUCUCUCCUCGAGGCCUACUUCCGCCACGGCGCCGAGUCCGAGUACCAGGUCAAGAAGAAGGACGAUGAAGAGUACAAGCCCGCUGCCAAGUCGGCAUUGAAGAAGGCCGUUGCCUACGCUGCUGGCCAGAAGAAGAAGCAAGAAGCUGCUGCCAAGCGAGCUGAGAAGGAUGCCCAGGAUGAGACUGCUCGUCUGGCUGUCCUCGAGGAGGCUAAGAAGAUCAAGAUCACCAACGACCCUGCUCUGCCCACACCUGUCUCAAUCAGCCUCCAGGAGACCGAUACUUCUGUGAUUGGAACCCUUCGAAAGAGCAAGGACGAGCCUACUGAGGGAGUCAAGCGUGUCUCCGUUUCAGGCCGCGUUAACCGUGUUGCCAAGCAAGGUGGUCUUAUCUUUGUGACUCUGCGCCGCGGUAUCAACUAUAUGCAGUGUCUCCUUUCUGGAGAUCUCUCCAAGACCUACGAUGCCCUUACCCUUUCGCGAGAGACAUCUCUUGAGAUCAUUGGUGAGCUCUGGGAGGUUCCCGCCGGUGCCCACGCCCCUCUCAACCGCGAGCUUCGUGCGGAUUACUUCCGAAUCAUUGCCAAGGCCCCCAGUGGUGACGAUGCCUUCACCAACCGCGUUCCCGUCGAUGGUGAUACCAACACCCUCAUGAACCUCCGCCACCUUACUCUGCGUCACGAGAAGCCCGCCGCCGUCAUGUUCGUUCGCGAUAUCGUCGAGGAUGCUUUCCACACAGUUUACAAGGAGCUGCAAGUCAAGAAGGUCAGCCCUCCUGCUCUUGUGCAGACCCAGGUCGAGGGUGGUUCCACUCUUUUCAAGUUCGACUACUAUGGCGAGACUUCAUACUUGACCCAGUCCAGUCAGCUCUACCUCGAGACUGUUUUGCCCGUCCUUGGUGACUGCUACUGCAUUGAGAAGUCUUUCCGUGCCGAGAAAUCUCUUACCCGCCGACAUCUUUCUGAGUACACCCACGUCGAGGCCGAGUUGGACUUUAUCACCUUCGAAAACCUCCUUGACCAUCUUGAGCACGUCAUUUGCCGUGUUAUCGAUCUGACCCUCGAGAACCCCCUUGCUGCUGAGGCCAUCAAGAAGUACAACCCCGACUUCGAGAAGCCUGCUCAACCGUUCAUGCGCAUGCGAUACGCCGAUGCCAUUGACUGGCUACGAGAGCGUGGCAUUAAGAACGAGGAUGGCAACGACCACACCUUUGGCGACGAUAUUGCCGAGGCUGCUGAGCGUCUCAUGACUGACGAGAUCAACCGCCCUAUCUUCCUUACCCAUUUCCCCGUCGAGAUCAAGUCUUUCUACAUGUCAAAGGCCAAGGAUGACCCUCGUGUGACUGAGUCCGUCGAUGUUCUGAUGCCUGGAGUUGGUGAGAUCGUCGGUGGUAGCAUGAGAAUCUGGGACUUCGAGGAGCUCAUGGCUGGUUACAAGCGAGAGGGCAUUGAUCCCUCAGGAUACUUCUGGUACACCGACCAGCGCAAGUACGGAUCUACUCCUCACGGAGGAUACGGUCUGGGAGCUGAGCGAUUCCUCGCGUGGCUUCUCAAGCUUUGGACUGUGCGAGACGCUUGCUUGUAUCCCCGAUACAUGGGCAGAUGCACCCCGUAG